AAAUACAACCUACACAACUUAAAGUGAUGUCUUUUGCAUUUAAUCCAUCUGAAUGCAACAUUGCUAAAUCUCUUCACUACUUUAAAACUCCUACUCAACCUAUUAUUGUCUGCUAUUAUUGCCAAAAAUUCCAUAUUCUUUUUAUCUCUAGUAAUCUUAACAUCCCACCUAGACAAGCAACUCCCUCUCCUUCUUCUCAAAAAUCCACAUAUAUGGAUAUCGAUAUUACAUCUAAACAAGUUAGACAACUCAAAGAAACUAUCCCUCAAUCAUCAAUUGCAAAAACAACUACC